AUGACGUCCCCCUCAGGGCUCAGGCAUGUCCCCUACACUGCCGAAUCCAAUGGGCUAUCUGCGCCCCCUUCUCCAAUCCCAUCAGCAGUGCAGCACAAACAAAGAACAAUGGCAAGAUGGAGGCUUGAUCGGCAACGACCGAACCGCUCGUGGAGCCUGGGUUGUCGCUUGCUUUCCCCAGAAAGCUAUGUAAAAUGGAUCGGUCACAACUCACAAAGCAACCCUUCCAAGGCUUCCCGCUCGAGGCGACAGAUUCGAGAAGAAGAAGAAGAAGAAAAAAAACUCUGCUAG